AUAUUUCAGAACGUCAGAAUGCAUGGCAAUGAUGAUAUGGCAGCCAAAAUAUAGCAAGAGUGUCAAAACAAUAGACCUAAUUUUACAAAUAUUAAUGGCAGCAACACAACUUUGUUUCCCUCAAAAUAACAUUUUGAUGGUUUGGGUUAAUACAAAUUCGAAAAUGGUAUUUUUCAAUUCGAGAUUUAUUUUCAAGAUAUAUUUACUUUUAUUUCAUAUUUAUUAUAUUGACAAUGCUACUGCAUCAGCAAAUUGUCGCCCAGCAGAAUACAGUACAGAAGAGGGCUGUUGUCCAACCUGUCCACCAGGAAUGUAUGUUAGUAGACAUUGCACAGGAUUCAGAAGUACAUCAUGUGCAUCCUGCACAGAAGGUACUUUCCAAGAUGGCGACAAUGGGCGCGAACAAUGCUUUUCAUGUAAACAUUGUGAUGCAGGUCUCGGUCUGAAGGUGAAGAGGUCGUGUUCACCAACAUCAGAUGCUGUGUGUGAGGUCCUGGAUGGAUUCUUCUGUAGUGACUCUAACAGAGGUGGAUGUAGGGCCGCUCAGAGACACACGGUUUGCAGUCCUGGUCAAUACAUCGGUCAAAGAGGAACAGCAGAUAAAGACACAGAGUGCCUUCACUGUACUGAUGGAACAUUCUCAAAUGGCACAUCAUCGUCUUGUCAGAACUACACAAAAUGUGAAUCUGUGGGACUGAAACUGAUGAAACCUGGAACUGAUUCAACUGAUUCUGAAUGUGGAGAACAUGGUCCACAUGCAGGACUAGUGGCAGGAAUAAUAUCCGGAGUCAUACUGGUAAUGGCUUUAAUGGCUUUAAUCAUAGCCAUUAUUCACAGGAAGAAUAAAAGAGUGACUGCUGUCCUGACAUGUGACUGUGUUUAUCACUUUAUAGAAUCAACUCCGCAAUCAAAGAUCGAAACACAGAGCAAGGAGUUGAGCCAAGACUACCGUCCAACAGAACAACCAGCUGCAGAGCUGCUCCACCCUUCAGCCUUCAGCCCAGAUAGUGAAGAUGUGAUGGAGGAGGAUGGAGGUGUUGAGAGUGAGGGUAAUGAAGGGAACUCUAAGGUGACUUCACCACUAAUGUCCACUGACUCUCCUGCAUGAACCAGGGACCAACAAGAACAUACCAUAACUAUCCCUGAAACUAUAGAUGAUCAUCAUGGUGACCAGAGACUGGAUCCAGCCCCACCCUCCAGCCCCACACAUAAUGGAUCUGUCUCACUCCCAGUCCACCCUCCUCAGUCUGGGUCUCCUCUCCCAGCCGUGUUUCGUUAAAGCCUGUGUAAAGUUCAUUUAUUUCAAUGUACCGGUAGGCCCCUGCGGCUUAUAGACAUGUGCGGCUUAUUUAUGUUCAAAAUAAUGUUUAUUUUAAAUUGAGUGGGUGCGGCUUAUAUUCAGCUGCGCUUAAUAAUCAGGAAAUUACAGUAUACAGAAGUUUUAAUUUACAUGUGUUACGAGAGUAGCGUAUCUGUGUGCGCGAGGAUGGCAGUGUGUGUGUGUGAGUGACGUCAGCGUGUGAGUGAAUGAGCUAGUGAGCGAUAGCGUGUGUUAGUCUAGGGAAGAAUGGAAUGAGUCUGGUUAUGUUUUGUGCAGACGUGUACUGUAGUUGUUGAAACUGUGGAACAAAGUACCCAGCCGUCAAGAAUCGGUGCCCGUGUCAUUCCGACCCAUGAGCAGACCCACUGCCGGUCGAAAGUGAAGGGUGUUACCCCCGAAAGGACAUCGGCCCUGGAGGGAACGUCUCCCUUGUGCUUCCCGAUUACGGUCAUGGACCCAAAGAGCAGGAAAGGUGUAACAUUGGACGCCACGAAGGGACUGUUUGAAUGGAAUGUCAUGUCAUUAAAGUCCCCAAAGAAAAUAUAUCUGACUAAGUCAAAAGAAAAUGAACUGUUUGGUGGUUUGUCCCUGGAGGAGCUGCGACAAGCCCAGGAAGACGACGCAGACAUUGCACCAGCGGAGAACGUCCUGCAUGGGUAACUCACCUUGCAGCCCAGCCACAAAGACAUAUUGGAGCCAGUGGAAACGCCUCUACAUCAGAGAUGGAGUGCUGGUUAGACGUUUCUACUGCCUGGACGAUACCCAAUUCUAUCCACAAGUGGUGCUGCCCCGCACCUUCCGGCCAGACAUCAUGAGACAGAUGCAUGAGGGACAAGUUGGUGGACAUUUUGGUGUAGAGCGCACUGUAGUUCGGCUGCAAACCCGAUACCUGGUACAGAAUGAGGGCGGACGUCGCCCUGUGGAGUAACACCUGCACCAGCUGUGCAUCAAAAGCCAGGCCACGGAACACACCACAAGCCCCCAUGGGCACUGUUCGGGUCGGAGCGCCUAUGGAGCGCAUCGCUUUGGAUAUUAUGGGGCCACUGAAUGAGACUGAGCGCAACAACAGAUAUGUGCUGGUCAUAAAGGACUAUUUCACAAAAUGGGUCGAAGCUUUUCCCCAACCUAACGAACAAGCUGUAACUGUGGCUGAAGGGCUCGCCUCCGAGUGGGGGUGUCGCUAUGGAGCCCCGCAGACACUGCACAGCGACCAAGGCCGGAACUUCGAGUCUGAGGUGUUCCAGGAAAUGUGCACGCUGUUCGGGAUCGACUAAACACACACCACACCUUUCUGUACGCAGUCCGAUGGGCAAGUUGAAAGGUUCAAUGCCACUCUGCAAACGAUCCUGGCCGUGACAGCCAAGCAUUGCCACUGGGAUUGGGACCUCAUGAUUCCCUACGCUGUCAUGAUCAACUGAGCAACGAAGCACAGUUCAACUGGUUUCACCCCGAACUACAUGACGUUUGGCCGGGAAGUGCGUGAGCCAGUAGACCUGGUAUCCGGCCUGCCGCCGGACCCUGAACCAGCUCCCUCAGCCCCUGAGUAUGUCCAGCACCUUCGAGAGCGACUGGAGCUGGCGCACCAAAUCAACAGAGAUGCUCUCGGAGAGCCUGUGGAACGUGCAAAGAGACAAUAUGACAAGAACUGCAGCCACCAAAGCCAACUAGCAUCAAUGCAAAAAAAAUAUGAUGUAAGGGAAAAAAGGCAACUUAGAAUGACAUGACUGUGGUCCAAAGUAAAUCUGUUAAUAUUU